UUUCGCACAUACCUUGAACGUAGCAGAAGAAGAUGGCUGCACCGUGUGGAAGGAUGGCCAGUCGACCCAUGUUACAAUUUCUGUCUUGUUUUAGCAGGGCAGCGGUUGGAAAGACUGGGUUUCGUCAGUUUUCCGGCACUUCUGUUUGUCGGGCGACUUUGCAGACCAAAAGUGAGACGGAAAGAGCGAGUUCUCCGUGGGCUUUGAUGGCGGCGGUGUGUCUGCAGAGGCUGCCGGUCAUCUCAGCGGACAGCACUCCGAUAGAGCAGCGGUUCAGUGCGAUGAUACAGCAGAUGGAGUUGGAGAAAAGCUUGCUGUCGGAUCACGAGCUGCAGCUGCUGGAGGAUGCGGAGAGGAUGAGUCGCAAGAUGGCAGGCGACUACAACUUUGAUGAAGAUGAAGACGACAACAAGGACCAGAAUAUCGUGUUGGCUCAGGACAAGGAAGACUCCUGGGAGCAGAAGUUUAGGAACUUCCAGCCAGCACCGAGGGUCAGAGCUGAUGUGGAUAAGGACUUGACCUCAGUGGAGCGCUGCCUCGCCGACUCGCUGGUUCUUCUGGCUGAGCAGCAGGUUGGCAGUGCAAAGCUGUGGCUGCUGCCUCAGACUCAGUGGCAGGAAGGAGAGACGCUACGACAGACAGCUGAGAGAGCCCUCGCCUCCCUGCCAGCAGCCGGUUUCAAGGCGACUUUCCUCAGCAAUGCCCCCUGCGGAGUGUACAAGUACAAACUGCCCAAAGCUGCUCGGACAGAGGGCUCCGUGGGAACAAAGGUGUUCUUCUUCAAGGCCGUCCUGUCAGACAGUGGCCCCCCCGCAGCCCCAACCUCUUCUUUUGUGUGGUUGAAGAAAAGCGAACUGCAGCGCUACCUGAAACCAGCCUACAUGAUGAAAGUCGACCGCUUCAUCCUCGACCUGUGAAGCCUAAACUUUAUUCCAGAGACACUGACUUACAGAACAAUAUUUAAGAGGCCCAGAAAGUUAUUUUUAUCACUUGUCUGUUGCCUUGUAUCAUAGAAAGUUCUCUCAAGUCAAUAUGACAAGUGUGUUUCAUUGUAUGAAUAAAUUGUUUUUCCACACAUAUUGUGUGCAUCAUGAGUGUUCAGAUCUGACCUGUAUCUUAUAUGACAGUGUAAUAUCUACACCAGUCUGUACUUUGACGUAUGAGUAAAGAAAAUCUUUAUAUAGCCUUAUAUAAGGAAGCUGAAAGUAACUUUAACCAAAGUCUGCUUGUGGUUCGUAGUUGCUGACUGCUGAUUCCUCAGUGUCGUAAAUAAAGGUCAUGUCCUCCCUCAAGCACCGAAUCAGCCAAUAGCAGGCCUCCCCAGGGUGAAGUGUCAUCUCUGCACGACAUCAGCCCUCAGCCAUCAGCUUCAUGCACACCUGUUCAUGAUUACAAUUACCCAUCAUGCAUUGUAUCCAAUACAAUAUUCAAUAUAUUGAAACAUAGAGAGGGAAGCUCAUGUAAGAUGUUGGUUCAUAAAAAUGUUAAAUUAGUAAACAGGGAUCGUUUUGAGUGGUUAUCUGUGGAGGUGCAAUAAAAUAUCUGGAUAAUUGAAGUGUGAACAAUAAAAAAAUAACAUAAUAAAAAAAAUUAAAAAAAGAAUUUAGGGAUCAGUAUAAAAAUAAAACAUUUCCAUACAUUG